AUGGAGGAGUCGGAGAAGGAGGCCAGUCCAAGUGCGGAGGACCAGUUAUCUGGAAGGAGUGAAGGGAGUGGCGUGAGCAGAAGUACGGACCCGGUGGAGGUUGAUGCAGGAAUGCAAAUUGGAGCGAGCCUUGAUAAGGUGAGCUUGGAGGAUGUCUGCGGCGACGGUGGAUGGCCCGACCGAGGUGCUGGAGAGGUGCUUGGGGACGGGCUUUCUGGUGGAACUGGAGGAGAGAGCCUGGGACCAUCCGGAGAUGGACCAGGCCAGGACUCAUCGGGUGACAGAUUUUUGUAUUUGGCCGCAUGGUUGCUCUGGAAGUGCCUCUGCAAAUUGUACUCUUCGACGUUAGCUUUACAUUGGAGAGUUUUGAGGAAGACCAAGGAGCGUGUGCGUAAAAUCCAGAAUGAGAAAGUGAAGAAGCAGGUGCUGGUGCGUGCCGUCACCAGCCGCGAACCCAGGGCCGAAGUGAGAGGUGGGACAAUUCAACAACCUCUCGACCACUUCAGCGGUCGAAACGAUGAAACCUUUCUUCAGAGGUUUUUCGUGAACGAGGCCUAUUGGGAGCGCCCCCACGGCCCAGUGUUUCUGUACAUCUCGGGGGAAGGCCCCGUCUCCGAGUUUGACGUGCUGGCAGGCCACCAUGCCGACAUGGCUGAGGACCAUGGGGCUCUGCUCGUCACGCUGGAGCAUCGUUUCUAUGGCGACAGCAUCAAUGAAGACGGUCUGAAAACGGAAAACCUGAGACACCUGUCCAGCCAGCAGGCUCUGGCCGACAUAGCAGUAUUCCAUCAAUACAUCAGUGAUCGUUUCGACCUCUCAGAGAAGAACACGUGGAUCAGCUUUGGAGGUUCCUAUGCCGGAGCCUUGUCUGCCUGGCUCCGGGGAAAGUUUCCCCAUCUGGUCUACGGAUCUGUGGCCUCUUCUGCUCCGGUCAAAGCCACACUGGACUUUUCCGCCUACAACCAAGUGGUUGGUUUGAGCCUCACAGACGUGGACGUCGGAGGCUCAGAAAAGUGUGUGUCGGACAUCCGGGAGGCCUUCGUGGAUGUGGAGGCUGCCCUGCUGGCUGGGAACACGACAGAGGUAGAGAGGGACUUUUUUUGUUGCAAGCCCCCAGUGGAACUUGAGGACCAGCUGGAGCUGAUGCAGAGCUUGGCCGACAUCAUCAUGGGAACCGUGCAGUACAAUGAGGAGGGUGGAGUCAUGACCAUUGACAAGCUCUGUGACAUCAUGACCAAUGAAACAGGGGCCUACGAGGAGGAAACAAAGGCCUACGACCGAUUGAUCAAGCUGGUGAAGAUCUACCGGGUAACCGGCGGGGAUCCCUGUUUGGAGGUGUCCCACGGGAAAACCCUCGAGGACCUGGGGAAUACAGACCUAGAGUCGGCCGGCAACAGCGAGAGAGCGUGGUACUACCAGGCCUGCACCGAGUUUGGCUUCUUCCAGACUUGCGAGGACGCUAGCUGUCCCUUUUCCCAGACGCUUUCCCUGCAUUCCCAGACUGACCUGUGCUCUGAGUUGUUCGAUGUACCUCGGCACAGCCUGCCUGGACGCAUCGCCUUCACCAACAAGUACUACGGAGAAACCCACCCCCACACUGACCGGGUUCUGUAUGUCAACGGUGACAUUGACCCCUGGCACAAACUCAGUGUUCUGGAAGAGGACUUGAACAAGGGGAGCAAAGACAUGGCCGUCUUCAUUAAGGGCACCGCCCACUGCGCCGACAUGAGCUCAGAGAGGGCCGCAGACCGCCCCGCCCUGAAGCUGGCACGCAAGGCCAUUGAGCGGCAGGUCGCCAUGUGGUUGAAGGAGGCCGCCUGGGAACUGAUGGGCUGAUGGACCCUGUGACGGGUCACCUGAUCAUGUGACCGUCCUGACCGACGUCACCCUGCAAAUCCAGCUGAGGUGAUCUCGCCUUCACCGCUUCCCCCACGUCCUUGUAUCUCUGUGUUUGUAAAACGCAGUUCGGUACCAUCACCAUAACAACAGCCAUGGCCCCUACAACAAAGCUCCAUACACUAUACGUACCUGCAUGUGGUAGUGCAUGUCUGUGCUGGAGUGUGUUUGUGUGUGUGUGUGUGUGUGUGUGUGUGUGAGAAAUGGUUUGUGUGUGUGUCUACACAGUGAUUGUCCAUGCCUACAUGCUUUUAUCAGUGUGUCAAGGUUUGGGAGGUGAAUUUCUGGUACUCAGGACGAUGCUCCUCUCAUCCUGCCUAUUCUCACGAUGAUCACAUGACCAUUUGGAGUGGUUCUCUGAGGUAGUAUUGUUCUUCUAGCUUUUAUCUCUACUAAAACACCUCCACGAGCGUUUUUGGCUCUUGCUCUGGGUGACUUCGGAUGCUGCUGCAUGUGGGUGGUGCACUUUUUGUGUAGAGAUAAAAAAAAAAAAAUGGUAACACAUAAUAGAACUGCUGUGUGCUACGGGCUGCUAGAGAAGUAGUCUUGUGACAUACUGUAUAUUACAUCUUCCCCAAUAUGUGACCUGAAGUGGGGCCAGUGAAGAAGGCAGGUUAGCCAAUGAUAUCGGGCCAAUCUCGGGCACAGUUGUGCAUCUGGUCACAAACUACAAUAUAUGUACCAGAAGUAACCCAGAAACAGGAUCUGUGCUGAACAAAUAGCACAAUGUCUAGACCAAGAACACGUGGUACUUUCCAGGUCUGGGGAGGUUGCACCAACCCACGUGCCAAUUGUUUUUGUGCUUUUCCAGGAGUGUGGACCCUCACAUCUCUUGGCUAUAAAAGCAAGGGACGAUGCACCACUUAUAUAGUAUUGUGUUUGUCUGUCUGUAUUUUGUGUCUUCUGUGUGUGAGUUUGUGUGAUUAAAUGUGAAAUUAUGCAUUAGAAAGAGGCAUUAAAAAACCAUAGCUUAUGUGUAUUGCCUUAUAUGUAUUUGGACCCAAUGGGCAGCAGCUACUCAUCUGGGGGUAUUUUCUCCAGGAUAAACAUUUAUAUUUGCCAUAGAUAGUUUUAGUAAUUCAAAGAAGUAAUAGUACUAUUUUGUUUCCAGAGAUAGUUUGCAGUAGUAAUGUAGCUAACCAGGAGUCUCUAUGGAGUGCUCUAUGUUUCUAAGCUGUUUUAAAGCGUUCUUAGGUUUAAAGCCUGCCUGUAGACACAUGCAUUUUUCUUUGAUUCAUUGAAGUUAUUGGAGACAAUGGAAGACUCCCUGUCAAAAAAAUAUUCUUGAUUCCUUUAUAGCUUGUGUGAGUCUUUUUAUCUUUUAUUGAGGUGAUUGUGUUUAAUUCUGAGAGCUCAUUGGA